CGCUCUGGCACCCUCCCUGCCACCUCCACCGCCCCCGGGAGCAGCCUCGGCCCGCCGCGCGCGCGCUUCCCCCACGCCCCCGCCCGCCGGCCGCUCGCUCGCACGCACGCCCGGUAGUAAUUUCACUUUGCCACGCGAGCUCCGCAUCCCCUCGAAAUCCCGCCCCCGGCUCCCCCUGUCCCCGCUGGGAGCCGUCCCCUGCCCCGGCCAGGUGCGCGAGCCUGCGCGCGCCUCCUCCGGCGGGUCCCUGGCGCGCCUGGGCCGGGGCCGGCUGGGGCGGAUGCGCGCACGGCGCCUCUCCACCAACCCGCUCCCCUGCAGGUCCCUCGCUCGCUCGCCAUCCCUCGCCGGCACUCCCUCGCUCCCCCCACCCCCCUUUGAUUGACAGGCAAGAUGUCGGUGUGGAGCGAGGCAGGAGCGAAUGCAGCAGCCGUCACCCCCGGAGCCCGGCGGCGGCAGCAGCAGCAGCAGCAGCAGCAGCGCGAGGAGGAGACAGCAGCCAGCCGCAGUCGCCGCCGCAGCCGCGGGAGCAAUGCAGACAGCAUCUUGAGAACGCGCUAAAGCACCCCAAACGGUGGACAAUGCCUUGUCACUGCAACUGGGAGGGGGGCAAACCAGAUUUUUUUUGACAUAAAAGCAAGCCAGCCAAAAAUAUAUAAUUUUGUCCUUCACGGAGCCGGUGUGUAAAGAGUGAGCGCUAUUUUCCUUCUCCCCCUCCUCCCCCUCCUCCUCCUCCUUUUCCUCCUCCUCCUCCCCUCCCUAAGUGUACAGACAGCAUCACAUCACCUGGUUUGCUUCUGAGAAACAGCAUCUCUCCUUUUCAGGGAUCAGAGACUCAGAGAGAGAAGACAUUCUAAUGGAGUCGGCUUGAUACCCCAAAAUAAAAUAAUAAAUUUUGGUUCUUGUCCCCUCCUCCCACCCCCACCCCCUCAACCCUGUGUGAGAUGUUGGGUUUCUUCUUCAUGAGACAUUGUUGAGAAGUCGCAGUGGUUGGAGAGGCGGAGGGGGUAGACUACCUCCCCCCCCCCCCUUUUUUCUCUCUGGGAGGAGGAGGAGGGAAGGGGGCUUGCAGAGCAAGCGAUGGAUGAGGAAAACAUGACGAAAAGCGAGGAGCAGCAGCCUCUGAGUUUGCAAAAAGCCUUACAGCAGUGCGAGUUGGUCCAAAACAUGAUAGACCUGAGCAUCUCCAACCUGGAAGGGCUUAGGACCAAAUGUGCUACCUCCAACGACCUCACACAAAAAGAAAUCCGGACCCUGGAGAGCAAGCUGGUGAAGUACUUCAGCCGGCAGCUGUCCUGCAAAAAGAAGGUGGCCCUGCAGGAGCGCAACGCCGAGCUGGAUGGCUUCCCCCAGCUCCGCCACUGGUUCCGGAUCGUCGACGUGCGCAAGGAAGUCCUGGAGGAAAUCACCCCUGGCCAGCUGAGUCUGGAGGACCUGUUGGAGAUGACGGAUGAGCAGGUGUGUGAGACCGUGGAGAAAUACGGAGCCAACCGGGAGGAGUGUGCCCGCCUCAACGCCUCCCUCUCCUGCCUGCGGAAGGUCCACAUGUCAGGUGAGCGGGCAGGGGGCUGGAGACUGGUCCCCAACCCGUCUGCCGCCUUCUUCCAGAUUCCUGUGCCCGCAGCGUGCAGGCCAGGACGAGACGGAGUCGCCUUUGGCUGGUAA